ACAAAUAUAGCUAAGAAACGAGAAUGGCUGGUAGUCCAUUUGUGUCUGUGUUUUUGUUUGGCUACUUGGCAGCUGCUGCAGGUCUGUUCAUUACCGGCAAUGCGGAGGCCGCCGCCGCCGCCGCCGACGGAGUCCAUCGGCAGCAUAUUACCUCUUCCUUCAACAGAAGCAGCUUUCCCAAAGGCUUUAUAUUCGGAGCCGGUUCAGCAGCUUACCAGUCUGAAGGAGCUGCACAUAUGGAUGGGAGGGGAGCAAGUGUUUGGGACAAUUUCACUCGAGAGCAUCGAGAUAAAAUAUGGGAUCAUAGUAAUGGAGAUGUAGCCGAUGAUUUCUACCACCGGUAUGCGGAGGACAUCAAGUUAAUGAAAAAAAUGGGAUUGGACUCCUUCAGAUUCUCCAUCUCCUGGCCCCGACUAUUGCCGAAGGGGAAACUGAGUGGCGGGGUGAAUCCAUUAGGAGUGAAAUUCUACAACAGACUGAUCGACGACCUCCUCGUCAACGGAAUCAAACCGUUCGUGACGUUGUUCCACUGGGACCUCCCACAGGCACUCGAGGACGAAUACUCCGGUUUCCUCAGCUCCAAAGUCGUGGACGACUUCCGCGACUACGCCGACCUGUCCUUCAAGCUGUUCGGCGACCGGGUGAAAAAAUGGUGCACCCUCAACGAGCCUUACUCCUACAGCAUCAACGGCUACAACGGCGGCAGCUUCGCCCCGGGGCACUGCUCCCGCUACAUGGGCAACUGCACCGUCGGCAACUCCGCCACCGAGCCCUACACGGUGGCGCACAACCUCCUCCUCUCCCACGCCGCCGCCGUCCGCCUCUACAAGUCCAAGUACCAGCCCACCCAGAAGGGAGAGAUCGGGGUCACCAUCGUCACCAACUGGUUCGUCCCCAAGUCUCCCAAAUCGGCGGCCGACAAGGAGGCCGCCGGCAGGGCGAUUGACUUCUUCUUCGGGUGGUACGUGAGUCCGAUCACCUACGGCGAGUACCCGGCCAGCAUGAGGCGGCUGGUCGGCGACCGGCUGCCGAAGUUCACGCCGGAGCAGUCCCGCAUGCUGCGGGGGUCGUUGGAUUUCCUCGGGGUCAAUUACUACACGACGAAUUUCGCGGCGCAUAAUCCGGUCCUGCAUGGUGCUAACACUAGCUACAACGCUGAUUCUCAGACUAUUCUCACAACUUCCAAGGCGGGAGUUCCUAUCGGUACCCCGACUGGUCUGAAUUGGCUCUUCAUUUAUCCGAGGGGAAUCCACUCGCUAAUGAUGCAUGUGAAGGACACGUACAAGAAUCCCCCAAUAUACAUCACCGAAAAUGGUCUGGCCGAUGCGAGUAACGACACGUUGCCCCAGAGCGCGUUCAUCAAGGACGGGAUGAGGAUCAAAUACCUCCAUUUACAUCUCCAGAACCUCCUCCUAGCCAUCAAGGACGGAGCGAACGUGAAAGGAUACUACGCAUGGUCUUUGUUCGACGAUUUCGAGUGGGAUGCUGGCUACACGGUGAAAUUCGGUCUGAUCUACAUCGAUUUCAAGGACCAUCUCAAGAGAUACCUCAAGUACUCGGCUUAUUGGUACAAGAAGUUCCUCUUGCACUGAUCGGUAUAUCUUUAUAUAUUGAGAGAGUAUCGGUACCUGCUAUCGGUAUAUUUAUGCAGGUACCAUUUGCCAUGAAAUUACAGGGGGGGUUAGUGAACUUGCUAGGGUCACUUUUGCAUCACCCUUGUAACGGUCUCAAGAACUUGAAUAAUUAUGAGCUAUACUACUCUGCUCAUGUACUCCUAAAUCUUAUGUACUGCCUUGCUUCUGAUUCUCAAAUAAGUUGUAUCAACUAUCAAAUAAGCUGUUUCAUGCUGAUCAUGCACGAUGGACCCAAACGAGGCCCAUUCUAAACCUGGCCCAACCCAUUCCAAAAAAAGAAGUAAUAUUUGGGUCCAUUUAGCUAGCUUCCUACCCAACGAGUCGGCCCAAUGUCACAGCGGCCCAAAAUAAACCGUAACGUGCGACAGACCACUCAAAAGUCAAAAGAAGAGGUGGAAAUGCAUGUUGGAUAGAGGAUCUAACUCUUUUGCUACAGUCUUACAGGAACCAAAAAAAACUUAUAUGUACAGAACAAAACGCAGAUAGUGACACUACAAAUGACUCACAGAAAAGAUUCCAGAAGGAAUGAACAAAGUGCAUAUCUAGAGAGAGAGAGAGAGAGAGAGAGAGAGAGGUUUUAUGUGAUCUUAUUAUAAGGUGAUUAAGGGAAGAAGGGAAUUAGUGUAAGGAAGCUGCUGGUGGGUUUCAGCUUCUUGGUCGAUUAUUAGUCUAAGCAUGUGAUGAACUGCUGCAGCUAUGUCUUCUACCGAGCUCACCUGGCAUCCUUCUUCAACCUUGGCACUGACGGAGUAGAGGGCAAACGGGUGAACAGUAGCCAGGCUGAAGUGCAGCACGCCCAGCCCCAGCGCGUGAAGCCCACACACCAGCUUCGACAGCUGCAAUGGCGCCGCCUUCAUCUCCUUCCUCCACAGGAUUCUUAGGUUCGCGUGGCUCUCCACCAGCGUCACCUCCACGUCAGCGAUAUUCCCAUUGCUGUUGUUAUAACCACUCGAACCGCUACUAGUACUGCCGUUACUGUUCAUCGCUUCCUCAUUGUAGCUGGACGAUGAAGAAGAGGUACAGCUGAUUGUUGCCCUGUUCAUCAUGUGGCCGUGAUGGGACUGGAGAUUCUCGUUGUGAACAGUACUACUACCGUAGUGGUUGAAGAAGUCGGCGAAUGGAGUGGCGAUUUCCGUUGUUGUUGUUGUUGUUGUUGUCGUGAGUUGGAGUUUUUGAGCUUGGAGGGUGUUGAGGGAGUGUUCUAGCUCCUUCACGAACUCGAUUGCUCCGGCCACAAUGGAUGCUUGGUCUCCCUAUAUAGACAUAAUAUAUGUAAUCAUAAAUAACCCUAAUUAAAUUAUUGAAAUGUGAAUGAGCAAUUGAAUCAUCUCAUGAUGUGAUACUUGUUUUAAAAUUCGGAUGGACGAUUAUCAGGGUAUUCACGACUGAUAUUAUGACUAUUGUACCCUUUGGACGUAGGAAAGAGGCAUGAGGGAUCGGAGGAGCGCGAGGUGCUCGUUCAUCAGCUUCCGGCGGUUCCUCUCGACGGCGAUGUGGGUCAUCCUCUGAGUCUCGGCCUCCUCUUUGUUCUUGCAAACCCUCGCCUUCCUCCUCCUCUUCUUGCUUCCGCCGCCGCCGCCACGUGCUGGUUUUGUAGCCGCCGGUGGAGGCGGCGGAGGAGACGGUGGAAGAAGAAGGAGGAGUCGUAUUGUGGGGUGGCGGCGGCGGUGGAGGGAGUGGCGGAGAUGGUGUCGUAGAUGACAAUGUAGUUGAAGAGGUCGUUGUUGGAAAUGGAAGGCGGCGCCAUUGUUGCACUUUCCGUUGCCAUUUUUCUUUUUUGUUUCUGUGUUGUUUGUGAUCCGAGAAAGAGAGGGAAAGAAGAAGGAAAGAGAAGGGAGAAAAGUGAGAGAGAAAGGACAGAAUGAGACAUACACCAAAGAUAGUUCAAUGGGGGUGAUGAAUGAAUGCAAUGACGAGGGGCG